UCUAUGACAUAACCUAACUACCUGAUAUAACCUCUUGAAAUUUAAUGGCAUUUUUAAUUGUAAAGUCCCAAAGAACCAAAGUAUUACCGAAGUGUAGUGCCAGUAUAAGCUAUAUCAAUAUACAGUUUAGUAAUGUGUUUUAUGCGUUAUUGUUUAAAAAAGUUGAUUGUUUAAUUUGACGUUGAAUUGAGAUGGAUAAUGACUCCAAAAUUGAAGCUAUUCGCUUAGUUCAAGCCAUUGAAAAGCAUCCGGUUUUAUAUGAUAACAAUGUUCAGAAAUAUAGCGGCCGAAUUGGACAAAAAGAUGCAUGGAAUAAAGUCGCUUUAGAGACAAAAAAUACUCCUUCAACCUGUAAGGAGAAAUGGCAGGGUAUACGUUCAACACUUGUGCGCUAUUUGAAAAGCAAUUCAAAGAAAAAUUUUUAUUUACUUGAACAUUUGCAAUUUUUAAUUCCUUUUAUAAAGUUUAGGUCUAAUGAGGGAUACACUUACUUUAUGAAUGAGUCUUCACCUGAGGUAAAUUCCACACAGUUAAAUUCUGAUUUGCUUUCAAGUACAAAUGUGAAUUAUCCUAAAGAAAUGGAGUUUGGCGAAAGUGAUAGUGAAAAGAGUAAUCAACAAAAAACAGUAUCGUCAAAACCAAAAAGGAAACAUCAAGAUCUUUCUAUUUUUGAUGAUGAAGAAGAUGAUUCUGACGUUUUGUUCUUCAAGAGCGUCUGGGCUGAUGUCAAAAAGAUGAACAGGAAUCAAAAGUUGCAGUUCAGAAUUAGUGUCUUAAAUUCAAUGGAAAAAAUUCUAUGCUAUUCAGAACCAAGUAGUUCAAGUCAUAAACGUAAGAAUUUUCCAUAAUAAUUGUUUUAUCCUUAUAUUCUAAGUUAUAUACGUAAAAUAUACUUUACUUUUUUGUAUUACAUUCGUAAUAUUCAUAAAUAAAUGUUUUAUUUAUA